GACCCGGAUACCCAUGGGCUUCCCUCGAUCGCAAACUUUCGAAGGUGCUGCUGAUGGCGAGCGCGCGAAAUCGAAAGAGAGCCCACGCAGACGACCUCUCGCAAGAGCACCGUUCUAACAAGAAGAUCAAGUCGAGAGGGAGACUUCACGGGCCGUCGAAUUUCCCACCCGAAUUCUGGGACGACCUGUCCAAGGUUCCCCUUACGCGUCGCGCACUGCGCGAACUCGACCGGCGAAACAGCGCUUGGCCUGCCCCGAGGCCCGUAAUACCUGCAGUGUAUACCAAGAACCUUGCCCGCUUUGCAAGACACGGCGGCCCAGAUUUUCGCCAUCUUCGAGGGGUAUAUAUAUGUUAUUCUAUGAUCGAAUUGAUAUGGUGCUGGAAUUUGACAUAUGCGAAACGUUCUAGCUUAGCGAACCGAAGACCGCCUUAUAUACUAUGACAUCUAGCCGCUCCACUUCAAGCCAAUAAACUAACGAAAUCGACAAAGGCGAUAGAUAUCUGUUCUAAUACUAAGACGAACUCAGCGUACGUGUGACGAAACCACAGGCAGUCCUGCCUCUGAAAGGGUUCGCCGGUCGAAGGUAUCUGUUGGUCGGACUGUAGGUCUCGGUGAAGCCAAAGGGUUCACAACAAUGCUUGCCGCAAUGUUUGCACAGUAAGUGAAGGCUACUGCUUG